UAUAUAUACAUUUCUUUAACACCCCCAUUUUUCUCCCAAAUCAACCGUAGCAAAGUUUUUAUCAAAGUUUCUGAAGAUGUUCUGAAGAGCAACAACAGAGGCUCCAUUAAUUUCAUUUGUUUAUUUUUAUCGAAACUGUUUUGUUAAACCCACUUGCGUCAGUGUUGUUUGUUACCAAAAAAGAAAGAAAGAUGAGAGGCAACGAUGGAAGAGGAGCUUAUUCAGAAAAUAAUUCUGAUACAGAAAGCUUGGGAGGAAAUGACAGAAGUGGUUUUAGUGGUCCUUUGGGUACUCAAGAAUUCAACAGCAAUAGCAGAAAACCUUCAAAAAAGAGUGCUAGAUUCAGUUUACCAGGUGACCAAAUAACCAACGACGAUGAUGGCUACGUUGAGAUCACUCUUGACAUUCGUGACGAUUCCGUUGCGGUUCACAGUGUUCAAACAACAGGUGUUGGUGGUGGUGAUGUUCAGGAAGACCCUGAGCUUUCUUUGCUGGCAAAGAAAACUUUACGGAGCAAAUCUAACUCCUUUGGUUCAUACUUGCUCCGUAACACUUCCUCUCAUAUACGCCAGGUUUCUCAGGAGCUCAAACGUUUCACAUCUCUUACAAGAAGACCUUCUGCUUCGACACGUUUUGAUCGAACAAAGUCUGCGGCCGCUCAUGCUUUGAAGGGUCUCAAGUUCAUCGCCGCCAAGACAGGUGGCGCUGCUGGUUGGCCGGCCAUCGAGAAGCGGUUCGAUGAUCUCACCGCUUCUAAAAAUGGACUCCUUCCCUCUUCCUUGUUUGGAGAAUGCAUAGGAAUGAACAAGGAGUCUAAGGAGUUCGCAGGUGAGAUGUUCAGAGCACUCGCUCGGCGAUAUAACAUAAGUGGUGAUUCAAUCAACAAGGCACAGCUCAAAGACUUCUGGGAUCAAAUCUCUGAUGAAAGCUUCGACUCCAGGCUCCAAAUUUUCUUUGACAUGGUGGACAAAGAUGCCGAUGGAAGAAUUGCAGAAGAAGAAGUCGCUGAGAUUAUCAGCCUUAGUGCUUCUACAAACAAACUUUCCAAUAUUCAGAAACAAGCCAAGGAAUAUGCAGCUUUAAUUAUGGAAGAACUAGACCCAGAAAAUAAUGGAUACAUCAUGAUAUACCAUCUUGAAACACUGCUAUUGCAAGCUCCAAACCAAUCUGUCAGAAUAAGUGAUAGCCGAAUUAUGAGUCAAAUGUUGAGUCAGAAACUGAAGCCAACACAGGAGGACAACCCAGUGAGAAGAUGGUACCAAAAGAUUAAGUACUUUCUAAUGGAUAACUGGCAAAGGGUCUGGGUAAUGAUGUUAUGGCUUGGGAUCAUGCUGGGUCUUUUUGCCUACAAAUUUGUGCAGUAUCGAAACAAGGCCGCAUUCGGAGUGAUGGGCUACUGUGUUUGCGUUGCAAAAGGAGGGGCAGAGACCCUUAAAUUCAACAUGGCUCUGAUACUAUUACCUGUCUGCCGGAACACCAUUACUUGGCUUAGAAACAAAACCAAAUUAGGGACCGUUGUUCCCUUUGAUGACAAUCUGAAUUUCCACAAGGUAAUUGCGGUUGGAAUUGGGGUCGGGGUUGGACUACACGCGAUUUCUCAUUUAACAUGUGAUUUCCCAAGACUUCUUCACGCAACUCCGGAAGAGUACGAGCCCAUGGAACCUUACUUUGGGGAACAACAGCCUACUAGCUACUGGUGGUUUGUGAAAGGAGUUGAAGGGGUCACGGGUAUAAUAAUUGUGAUCUUGAUGGCCAUUGCAUUCACAUUAGCUACCCCUUGGUUUAGACGAAACAAGCUCAACCUACCAAAGCCCCUCAAGAAAUUUACUGGAUUCAAUGCCUUUUGGUAUUCCCACCAUCUUUUUGUCAUUGUCUAUACCCUCCUUAUUGUCCACGGCAUCAAACUCUAUCUCGCAAAAAACUGGUAUCAGAAAACGACAUGGAUGUAUUUGGCAGUUCCUGUAACCCUUUAUGCAUGUGAAAGGUUAAUUAGAGCUUUUAGAUCGAGCAUCAAGCCUGUGAAGAUUCUAAAGGUUGCUGUUUAUCCAGGAAAUGUGUUAGCAUUGCACAUGUCGAAGCCUCAAGGUUUUAGAAACAAGAGUGGACAGUAUAUGUUUGUCAACUGUGCUGCUGUCUCAGCCUUCGAAUGGCACCCAUUUUCCAUUACGUCAUCACCAGGAGAUGAUUACCUAAGUGUGCACAUUAGAACACUAGGUGACUGGACACGGCAGCUCAAAACUGUUUUCUCUGAGGUGUGUCAACCUCCAACUGCUGGGAAGAGCGGGUUACUCAGAGCUGAUAUUAUGCAAGGAGGUAACAACCCCAGCUUUCCAAAGAUACUGAUAGACGGUCCAUAUGGAGCUCCAGCACAAGAUUACAAAAAAUACGAGGUGGUGUUACUAGUGGGGCUUGGGAUUGGGGCCACUCCAAUGGUUAGCAUUGUAAAAGACAUUAUCAAUAACAUCAAAAACAAAGAUAUGGAAGAUCAAGAUUCAACAACUGAGGCUGCUUUGGAAAGUGGGAGAGGUAGCUCUUCAUCAAGUCACAGUAAGAACAAGGGAUUCAGGACAAGAAAAGCCUAUUUCUACUGGGUCACAAGGGAACAAGGCUCAUUCGAGUGGUUCAAAGGGAUAAUGAAUGAAGUGGCUGAAAUGGAUGAGAAACAAAUGAUAGAAUUGCAUAACUAUUGUACAAGUGUGUAUGAAGAAGGAGAUGCAAGAUCAGCGCUCAUAGCAAUGCUUCAAUCACUACACCAUGCCAAGAGUGGUUUGGAUGUGGUGUCUGGCACAAGAGUCAAAUCCCACUUCGCCAAACCCAAUUGGCGACAAGUCUACAAGAAGAUUGCUCUUCACCACCCAGAUACACGAGUCGGAGUUUUCUAUUGUGGGGCACCAGCACUAACCAAGGAACUUAGACAACUUGCGCUGGACUUUUCUCAUAGGACAUCCACUAAAUUCGAAUUUCAUAAAGAGAAUUUUUAAAAGAUAAGAAGAAGAAGAAGAAGAUGGAAGGAAGCACAUGUGAAAGUUUCGUACCCUAGUUGAUUAUUGUAUAGAGUCUAUAGACAUAAACUGGGAUAGGCUACUAGCUACCGCAAUCAAGGGGGGGGUGCAAGUGCAAGGUAACUAUAAAGUAUUAGAAACUCUCACUUCGAAGAAGGUGAGAAUGACAGUGAGAGGACCCACCUCAAUAGAAUGCUGGCUUAUGGUGGGAGCCACUAGCACCUAAUCGUAUAGAGUGAUGAUAAUUUUUCCCUUUUAUUUUUUUCUUCAUUCAUUUUCUUUCUUCCUUGAUUUUUUAAUAUGUAUGUAUAGUAUACAAGUGUAUUCUUGCUAGGAUGUCACCCCUUAAAGUAAAGGCCUAAAGGCCACGAUAGAAUAUAAAUCUUCUAGAAAAGUUGUUUUAUUGACCGACACUUUAUAUAUCAAGGAUGAAUUGUGGAUGGA